AUGGAUUUGGAGCCUGGAAACUACGAGCCGGGCUUUGUCGGAAUACGCUUUUGUCAAGAAUGUAACAACAUGUUGUAUCCCAAAGAAGACAAAGAAAACCGUAUCCUACUUUAUGCAUGUAGAAACUGUGACUACCAGCAAGAGGCAGACAACAGCUGCAUAUAUGUCAACAAGAUCACACAUGAAGUCGAUGAGUUGACUCAAAUUAUUGCUGAUGUGUCUCAAGACCCCACAUUACCAAGGACAGAAGAUCACCCCUGUCCAAAGUGUGGUCACAAGGAGGCAGUUUUCUUCCAGUCUCACAGUAUGAAGGCUGAGGAUGCCAUGCGUCUCUACUACGUUUGCACCGCACCACACUGUGGACACAGAUGGACGGAGUGA